AUGUCCACACCUGCUGCAAAGCGUCGUCGUAUCCAUGCAGCCAAUAAGACACUUUCAAAACCUUUCCGCUCACCAUUUAAACCACAGCUUUCGUCGCCUGAUGCUUCAUCGUUGAGCUCCGACCCGGUAUCCAGGUACGGUGCCAAUGAUGAGGUGUCACCUAACAACAUUACAUCUGCAGGUUCAAACCUGACAACAAAAAAUCAAUCAAUUCGCUCGGUCUCAUGCGCGAACACCAAGUUAGGACGAAGAUUUCAACCAACAAUUUCAUCUCCAUUAUCGUCAAACUCUCUACUCAAUAAUGACCAUGAUAUUGCACCGCUACUUCAGAACCAACGAAAGCUAGAAAAACAACUCAAAGAUCUCAAGAAAGAUUUAGAAGUUGCGGAACAGGCAAAAAAGAUUGAGCAAGAAAGCUACAAGAAGAACCCCGAGGAAAAGAUCGACGGAGAGCUUAAUGAAUUAAUAACAAGGUGGACUUUAGCUAGUCGGCAAGCAGCGGAGGAGCUCUACUGCAUAGUGAAAGACCGGGUCAAUAGUAUGGGUGGGCCUCGAGCUUGGAAAGAAAUGGAGAAGAGGAGGCUAGAGAAUUUCCAUACUUGGGAUCAGGAAGUUCAAGAGAAAGAACUCGACAGUGAUGGAGAAAAAAAUAGUGAUUGCGAAAAGAGGGAUAUUUACGCUGAGUACAGCAUCGAUCCGGAGACGGAAAACGAAAAAUCCCAAAAAGCCAAAAAAUCCCACACCUCUACCGAAUUUCCUGGCGAAGAAGAUGAUUUCACUAUGGCGAUGAUGUUGAGAACUAUGAAUAUAGAUCUUAACACUAUUGGUUACGACUGCCAGCAACAACGAUGGACAGAUUGA